AAUGAUAAAUAGACGUGUAUUUUGCUACUUUUUGUUAAAUAAAGAACGACUUCAAGGUAAAGUGAAUUGAUAAACGUAAUAAUUGUCAUUUAUAAUCCCAAAUGCUUCAGCUCUGAGCUAUCUAAAUAUUGAUCAAGAUCAUAAAUAUCUGUUCAGUAUGAAAAAGUGCAUGAAGUGCUUUAUUAGAUUUUAAAUUUUAACAGUAAACGGAUCUAUUUUAACAAUGACCUAUGUUAAAACUUGCUUUUAUUUUGCUUGGUUUUCUUAGGCUAAAAGGAUAUUCUUAUAGAGUUUUAUUGAAAAAUUUUGUUCGCAGGUAUUUUUCAUGUUAAGAGUUAUUGGAUAUUCAAAGACUGGCGUAAAAUGAAUAAAAAAACUGAAACCAAAAGGAAUCUUUUGCCAAAGAGUGAUGUGCAGUUUGCGGACAUCUCACCACCAUUUGGUUUUAAACAUGAUCUCCAUAUCGGAAAGGAGAAGUACCAGGAAAGACCUGUAGACGUUGAUGAUGGACCUGUUUCACCGCGUCCUAGCAAUGAAAACUGCUCGGAAGUUGUAAAUAUGAAAACAUUGGACGAGCAAUUGAACACAUUGUCAGAUGUCAUAGUAGAGAGCCUUGAAAGAAAAAUCGCUGAACCGAUCCGCCAGACACAAGCUCAAAUUCUUUUUGAAGUACAGGCGAGAAACAAGACAUUUCAAAGUGUAUAUACUCAAACGACACCAGAUAAUACUGAAAGAGUAAUAAUAGCGGAAUUUGAGGAAAGUGAGAGUUAUAGAACAGAGCCGAAAAUUUUAUAUCAAGAGAUGGCACAUGUGCAUUUAGAACCAUCACAGAGCAUUACCCGUGGGGCUAAGAAUGAUGAUCAAGGCGCUGUGCAUUACAUUACAUCAAAAACACCAAUGACAUUAGACUUUGGCCGAUUUUCGUUGCGAUUAAGGGAGAGGCCUGUAUCAACUAGACCAAGACCUAAAUCUGCAAUUGAUGUCAAAAGAGACUCCUGCGAUGAAAGAGAAUGCCUAGCACACGCUCUACAGUUUCAUGUCGAAGACCUGGUCGACAGAAUUAUUUUUCACGAAAGUGAACUCCCGGACUGUCUUUUAGCAGAGGGGUGUUUGACUGAAGACGAAUGUGCAUCAGUAAGAAAACUUCGUGACAGAAAAGAUCAGGUUAGAGUCCUUCUAAGUCUAAUCAAAGGACGGGAUUUGCGUGUUCUAAGGGGUUUCAUGAAGCACAUUGAACAACAUAAUGAAGAUGUCGCUGCGAAAAUUAUAGAAAAAUUUGAAGAAAACAAACGUGACGGUAUAAGAAGAAAAUUAUGUUUUCUCUGUCAGCUAGAAAAGCAGUUCAACGUUAAGCACGUUAUUGACAGUUUGUGGGCAAUACAGAUCAUCGAUGACGGCUUAUAUAAUACAAUUAUUUAUUCUGAAGCACCUAUAGGUGCACAGGAAACAUUAUGGAAGAAAGUUAUUCACUCCCUCAAUUUUCUAGAUCCACAAAAGGCUGAAUUGGCACAAAACAAACUUCUGACAUGUCUCACAAGCAAGAAUCUUUUCACGCACCUGGCUGAUGGCAUUAAGAAUAUGUUGAUAAAGAAUCAUGGAAAGCUUACAUGUUCUUGUGAACCAAAGCUGCGUUUGCCAAAAAUAAAUGCAGAAUCGAUAUCCGGAGAGUCUUGUUUCCCCGAUUCAAGCUCAGAUGGAACACCGAAUGACGGAGCAAGUUCUGUUGGUACAUAUAACCCAUCCUCAAAACCUGCUCCGAUUGCAGACAAUCGUCCUGUAGACAACAUAUCUGGAGCAGUACCAGAAGAAACAUUGUCAAACCAUAAAGCACAAAUGUUACCAAAGACAUAUGAGACAAAUGAAACUGUUCAACAUACAACUACACCAAAUGCUGCACAACCGACUCUCCGAAAGAAACCAGUUGUACCAAAGAAACCUGUGUUAGACGGUACUACUCGUCAUCUUAAGAUAGCUACUUCAAAUGCUGCACAAACGACUCCUCGAAAGAAACCAGUUGUCCCCAAAAAGCCUGUGCUAGACGGUAUUACUCAUCGUCUAAAGAUAGCUCCUUCAAAUACUGCAUGUUGCGAAUGAAACCAUUAAGUCCAAAGAAACCUGCGACAGUUCAUAUUUCACCUGGGUGAUCUAGGUAGCUCAGUGCAAAAAUAUCAUAUGCAGACAAAGGUUCCACAAAUCUAUAGGAAGAUCGGUUGGAAGCAUAGAAUAUAUUAAAAGACUCGGUUUGAGGAAGGAUAGUGCUGGCACCGGCUAAAAUGGAAUUUUCUUACACAAAUGCAUAGACUGGUCUCAAUCCUUGAUUCCAAAGACAACUUUUUAUUUUACACUAAAUGAUGGGAAAAUUGAAACUGUUAAUAAAUACAUAAAAUAAAGUUUUAUAGGGUUCUGUCGUAGGCCAAAUAUUCUUACAUUUGAAGUAAUGUACUGUAAGUUCAUGUAAAAGUUCCAGAUAUAUUAGUAUUUUUGUUCAACGGAUGAUUGAUUUUAUAUGUCAUUUAACAACCAGAGAUGGGUUGUAAAUUUAUGUUUGAUAUGUUUUAUGUCUAAUUUGAAUACUGUUUUGCCUUUAUUUGGAUACAGAAGCAGUAAAUCACUACAGCUAUUGUCCUUAAAGUGACUAUUUUUUAUUUAAUUAUUAUUGCUUUUUCAGAUUUACUUAAUAACUUUUUUGAUGAUUGUUACUUAUAUUCUAACGAUACAUGCCAUAACAUGCAUAAAAUUAACAUCUAUUUGAGUCGGCCCUUUAUGAAGACAAAUGGUAAAAAAUCAAUUACUGUUAUAACUGAAAUUCAUUUAUUAAUGAAAGUACUAAGUGUUCACACCAUUUAUAUCUUUGUUCAUAUAAUCAUUUGUAAUAUAAUGUAAUGUACGCAUUUUUUUUACGGUUGUUAUCACAGAUGCUAGUAUUGAAAGUUUCAUUCUUGUAUUGUUCGAUUAUUAGUACAACAAAAAAGUAAGUCAAGCGUUGAAUAUUCUGUGAUAAACAACGGUGAACGCGAGGAACGGUGAGAGAACAUUAUAACGUAAAUUAUGAAAUUAAAUAGCCUCAAGGUUUUGCACGUUACUACUCAAAUGAAUGAAUUCCAGCAUAUUUUUUCUACAUCAUGUUAUUAUAUUUUCUGGUCCUUCGGGAUCAUUGAUUUCAACUCAUUUAGAUUUGAAGAUUGAAUACUGCUUAAGCCGGUGCUAGGGGGCGUGGGCAGUGUUGCAUUUUCCAUUACUGCUCAUGAACAGACUCAAUCAAACCGAGUCUGCAAUUUUCACUGUUUGCCUUGUUCUCGAUGCUUCCGAGGGAUCUACUUUUCAGAUUUUAUUUUAAUAAGCAUCUAAGAAUGACAGUAAACAGAGCCUUCUUGUAUUUUAUCGUUUGAUCUACCACGGUUCAUCAUUAUUUAGGACUAGUUUGAUCACCUACUAUUGUAACUAUGGUUGAACUAUUGUUGCAUCGAACUUUCUCUAAUUAACGGAUAUCACUUAGUUAUUUUAAUUAUAGUUUAACCAGAGGAUAAGUGUGGUUCAUCUAGGGAAAAGAAAGAAAAUGCUGACGGCGUUGUGGAAUUACAGUAUUUUUAGUGUUUUAUUUAAAUUUAUUGUUCUUAUAUGCUCCUUAAAGGUAUAUGGAUCAUAGGACCGCGACAAAGUGUGUAUGGAUGUUGAUGUGACCUGUAUAAUUUUCAAAAAUAUUCUAAAGAAGAAUGUUUUAGGGAAGUUCCAACGGGCUAUAUAUAGCUGCUACUACAGUUUAGCGUACUGCUCUCUAUUCUCGGAGGUGAAGGAGCAGUUAAAGUAUGUUCAGUCACGUACAUGUGCAGAAAAAACUUCCUGUGUCUCACUACACUACACAGUAGUAGCUGAUCGAACUAGGCAUUAACUAUGAGGGCGAUAAAUCGAGGGUAACAACGCGAAAACCUUUAUUAUUUGAUAAAUCAGUACCAAAUACAUUAGUCAGGUGCCAAAUUAAUGUCCCUACAAUGGCCGCCAGUAUUGGAAUUUUUAUCAGAUGGGUGGUAAUAAAUUGUCAAUAAACUAAGAAAGGAACUUACUUGAAAUUUUCAGUACUUGGUAAUACAUCCAUUAGCUAUUAGCUAUUAAGACUGCCCUCAUUCGUUUUGGUAUUUGCUGAUAAAGUGAUUUUAUGUAAGUUUGAGUUAAGGACCUCCAGAUUUCCAGAACAUGAUUAAUAAGGUCCUGUCUAGAUUUGAUGUCACCUUCAUUUUAUGUAGUUUCAGUUUCAAAGUUUUCCAGACAUUUUCGAUUAUAUUGAUAUCUGGGGACUAUGGAGGCCAGUUCAUGCAAGGAAUCUGGUUUUACUGUUUCCACUGUGUGGUCUCUCGAGAGGUGAGAACUGUUGCAUUAUCUUCUUGGAAAAUGUAGGCCCUAUCAGUUGGAAGUUUAGCAAUUACAGGCCACAAAUGUUCAUCAAGCACUUCAAUACACUUCCCAAAAUUAAUGUUACCUUCAAGAGGUCCCAAGGUACCUACACUUUUAUAUGUCAGACUUCUCCAGAACAUAACACUCAACAGGGGCACAUACAUUUCCUUGUACACUCCUAAACACGUGGGUCACCAUUUCUCCUCGUUAACACGCUUAUCUUUGCCAAUAACUACUAGGGUUUUGUCUGAGAAUAUUAUUCUAGACCAGUCCUCUUCUGUUUUCCAGUGAAGAUGAGAUCUAGCAAAGGCCCUCCGUUUUAUUCUAUUUCUGGCUGCGAAGGUGGUUGUCUUCCUUUAAUACUACUCUUCUGAAGUAUCCAUAAAAAUGCAAUCUUCUCUGGACAGUUCUUUUUGACAGUUUAUAUGGUGUACUUCUAUUAUAAUCACUUGUUAAUUCAGUUAAAGUCUUAAUUCCUUCUGUUAGUUUUCACCACCUUUAACAACACCCUAUCUGUCCUCACAUUUAUCUUCUUUUUUUUCUUCCACAUUUCCCCACCCGCUUGUUUACAUUGAUGAUUUCUAAACUUUCAGCCUGUUUCAAACGCUUUAAACACAUUUUUACUGUAGAACUAUCUAUUUUCAAUAAUUCUGCAUUUUUUCUUCCACUGUAACAAUGUUCAUGUAAUGAUAAUAUGGUAUCUUUCACAGAUGGAGUCAAAUCUUUUCCUCUUCUACCCAUGUUACUUUAGCAGGCGAAAUAUCAAAAUGUAAACAAACCAGUAACUUCCCUUUUAGAAAAUCUUCAGGUGCUAAUAUAGAUUGUUACCCUGAGAAAUUAUCCUACACUUAAUUGGAUUUUAAUUGGAAGAAAACACACUUUAAAUUUGCAGUCCAUUGUAAAUCAAUAACUUAGCGGCCAUUUCGAGGACAUUAAUUUGGCACAUAAGUGUAUAAUGAAGAAAAACAACCUUUGUAUAAGUGUCAUAAAAACUAACAUGUCCUUUUGACAAACUUGCUCACAUAUAUAUGUAUAUAUUUGUAUAUAUAAAAAAGGACAUGUUAGUACUUAUCGAUGUAGAAUUGUAAUGUAUAUAAUCUAUUUUCAACUGUUCUCAAAAUACAGGUACUAAAAUCUGUAAUAAAUACCUAUACACCUGUAUAUUGAAGAUUAUUAACUUAUCAAAAGACCAUAUUUGUACUACAUGUGCCACCACUUAUGCAAUGUUGGUUUUACAUUGUUGUAAUGAUAUUUAAUUUCUACAUUUAUUUGCUGCUAUCCCCAAAAAUGCAAGUGCUAUUAAAGCUUAAUUAACACCUACAUGUAUUGAUUAAUUACUGAGAGGUCAUGUUAGUGCUUAAUGUCUUCUUCACUUUUACAGAAGUAUUUGUACUUUGUUGUAAGGAAACAUGAUAUGCAAACUAAUUUUUUGUUUCCCCACAAAAGCUGCAAUUAUUGAUACCGUUACAUAUUGAAUGUUAUUUACCAACACAAUAUUUGAAAAUACAUGCACAUUUAUUUGUAUGCUAUCUGUUUUAACCUUUAUACAUCAAAGAUAACUUGCUGUCAAACCAACGCAUUUGUUCGCGGCUAACCCUAAAAAUGGAAGUUAUAAAAGCUGUUUUGCAGAAGACCUCCAAACCACAGACAGAACGAGGUUUGUUUUAUAUGAAAACUGAAUACCGAAUAAAACAUGUUUAUUAUGCUACUAAGCUACUAAAGAAUUGUAAUUUUAUUGACGUAUGCCUUAAAAUCCGGAAAAGGACAGCACACUUCAAGAUAGCGAUACUAUAGUUUUACAACUGUAAAACCUGUACACUUGUAGUAUUUGCAAUUAUGCCAGAGCCCUAAAAUUAGAAAAUAAGUAAGUUUUUCAUUGAUUUAAUAUUUUCUGAGUCCGCCAUAUGAAGUUUUUGACAGACUACCAUUUGCAAUUAAAUCUAAAGGAAACGAUAAUACUAUUGUAAAGAAAUGAACAUAAUGACUUUUCUGAAAUCGACAUAAUUCAUCUAUGAAAAAGAGACUAUAAAUAAAAACAUCAACUUCUUAGAAUUGUUGGUAAACGGAUAAAAGCAAACCAAUUAUGGGGGCAAGGGACAGUAAGUCUGCAAAUUCCACAAGUAUGUGUUGAUACCAGUGCAAAAAAGCCACAACAAUCCAAUUUUGAGAAAUGCCAGGGAAGUGCAAAGCGGAUGUAUUGAAUAUACUUAGCACUUCUUCAUAAUUGUAACAUUUUCAGCUUGUCGAUUCCGUUGUUUCUAUGAUAAAAACGAGUAAAACUCAGGUGUCAGGACACUAAAAUUUGAGGCAAAACAUGGCAUAAAAGCACACUUUGCGCGACCUGUACCGUAUUAUUUGCAAAUAACUGACCUAAUAAAACAUAUGUCUAAUUUCCAAGCAUGUGACCAUACGAAAAUAAUGGUUGUAAGAAAAGUGUCUCAUAACUGUUUACUUUUUCCGCAAAUUUCAGCUGAAUCUAGUUGGAAUUAUGACCGUUUCCAUUUCGUCUAACUUCCGUUACCUCAGGUAAGAUUUUAGACCCGGUCGUCUACAUGGAGCUAGGAAAAUCGACUCAAGUAUUUAUUUAUUUUACACAAUUACUCGUCUGCAGGAAUCCUAAGUUCUAUAAAUAUCAUAGAUAACCAAUUGAAUAUAAAUGCCUUUAAAAUACUUCCACUUAUUUUAUUAAAAAAACCUACCUGGACUGCAAUACGAAACUGGCCCCUGUCACUUAAUUUACCUGCCCAUUACUAGUACAUUUUUAUCGUACUGUCACCGUACUGUUCCGUACUACUGAAUGAAAAAGUUUUCCAUUUUAAAACAAUAUGUAAAGAAAUGAAAAUAAACAAUUGUUAGAAUUGCUGAAAACGAUGUUUAACCUAGAUCUCUGAAAUUUCAGCAUUGGUUCAUUAUCUCAAAUAUCUCAAAACGAAGAUAUGUGAGUUGUGGCCACUUCAUAAUGUCUUUAUCCGGAAUUUCAAGGCAUGUAUCAGUAAAACACGUAUCAGUAAUGCGUGUAUUUAUCAGUUUAUGGUCAAAGGGAGAUCAAACAUAAUAAAAAACGAAAUUUGUUUUUUUUAUGUAAUGAUUACUUCCGCCAACAGUUAAGACAUUUGGAGGUAUAUAUUCGUGUACCUUACCUUUUAUUGUUUAUCCACAUUAUCAGUUGAGAUAAAGCACCAUUUCGGAACGAAAGUUAACAACGGAAACACGAUUUAAAAUAUUGAAUAUAUUAGUUUCAAUAAACGUGAAUUUUCCUGACGAAAUAAAAGAAGACCCAAAGUAGGAAACUGCUGAAAAAAAUGUUACUUUAUCUUGAUAUCAGUUUUUAUAUAUUUAUGAGUUAUAUCAAGCGAUAAAACUUGUCUUUAUAAAAAAGCAAACAAGUAGCAAAAUAAAAACAAAGUACUAUUUCUGAUUUUAAUGAUAGAAGUCUUCAUAUCACCAAAACAUUAUUACAACAUGGUUACCGUCAUCAUAAGCUACGGAAAGCUUUCAGUAAAUUUUACUACAGAUCGUCCGAACUGUUAGGGAAAUAUAAUACUAACCUAAAAACGCUUUUAAAACUUAAGGACUUACACACCCGGAAUACUAUGGAGAUGUAGUUUAUAAAAUUCGGAAAAUUAAACAUAGUCCUUAUUUUAAUUAGAUAUUUGUAAAAUGUGUUAAAAAGUUUAUCAAAAGAGGAUGCGAUGCGAAAAUCGUGAAGCACAUCGCAUUUUUGGUGAUUGACCCCUCUACAGUUAAUCUCUAUGCUUUCCUAUUUGAUGGUGCGAUGACUA